AUGGGCUUCGGCUCUUUCGAAGACAUCUGCGCGCAGUCGCCUCUGCCGUUGUGUUUUAUCCUCGGACCACCAUCCACCCUCACAUCCUCCCACGCACCACUACUAUUGCCAACAUGCGCCGCACGAUCGAUCGAGUUGGCCAACACCAUAAUCUUCCAGGCCGCCACCGACUUUGCACAUAUCGCCGCUCUGGCAAUGACGGCAAUCAUGAUAUUUCAUGUCAGAUCUAAGUUCACUGCGGUGGGAAGAAAAGAGAUCUUGACCUUCUUCUACCUGUACCUACUCCUCACGAUUGUCAGCCUGGUCCUUGACGCCGGCGUGCUACCCGCCACGAAGAACGGGGCAUUUGUUUAUUUCGUGUCCGCGCAGAAUGGGUUCGCAUCAGCCAUGUGCGCUGCACUGGUCAUCAACGGCUUUGUGGGCUUCCAGUUGUACGAAGAUGGCACGUUCCUCUCAGUCUGGCUACUUCGACUCAGCAGCGUCGCGGUCUUUGCCCUGACAUUCAUCAUCUCUCUCCUUACGUUUCAAGGCUGGGCCGGUCUGUCGCCCACCAACACUACCGGUCUCUUCAUCGUUCUGUACAUCAUCAACGCUAUCUGUCUUUUCGUCUACCUCGUCAUGCAGGUCAUCCUGGUAGUCAACACAUUGCAGGAUCGCUGGCCACUAUGGGAUCUUGCAGCAGCGGUGUUCUUCUUCGUCAUUGGGCAGGUAAUCUUGUACACAUUCGGCGCCAGAAUCUGUGAAGCUGUCAAUCAUUACCUGGACGGUCUCUUCUUCGCAACGGUCUGCAAUUUGCUUGCUGUGAUGAUGAUUUACAAGUACUGGGACUCUAUCACCAAAGAAGACCUCGAAUUCUCCGUCGGCGCACGACAGAACAACUGGGACGUUGGAGCCGCCAUGCAGAAAGAUCCGCUACUCUCGCAAUCUGAGGUGGAUAUGGUCCACAACGAUCACCGCAACUCAUACUAUCCUUCAGAUUUCAACCCAAAUUCGAAUUACACCGUCAAUCGAACCUCCACCUAUGCAGACUCAACAUACGAAGGCUACCGACCACCAACUUCUGGUGCGGGAAGUCUGUAUCAGCAAGGCCGAAAUCAGAGUGUCGGUCAUUUGGGCCCGGUUGAGACCCGUCAGCCGAAGCGCUUGAGUGAUUAUGGAGGGGAGGGCUAUCGAGAUGUGCAAGGGUUUGGAAGUGAGACGCCACGGGGAGCAGGCAAUGAACGGCCGAUAAAACGGAAGAGUUUGGGUGGAGGCGCUGGGGCAGUACAGGUCUACGAGGAUACGGCGGUCAUUGAUGAUGCUGCUUACGGCUAUAAUUCGUCACCAGUAAGGGAACAGCGACAGCAUGGUGAGCGGAGAAAGUCGAGAUCGAGGGGAAGGAGGACAAGUAGUGCGGGCGGCGGAUUGGGCUACUAG